AUGGAUAUAGAUACAGGUCAGUUCUGGUCAAGUAGUUCAGGGUCAAAUAGUUCUGGUUCAAGUAGUUCAGGGUCAAAGAGUUCAGGUUCAAGUAGUUCAGGGUCAAAGAGUUCAGGUUCAAGUAGUUCAGGGUCAAAGAGUUCAGGUUCAAGUAGUUCAGGGUCAAAGAGUUCAGGUUCAAGUAGUGCAGGGUCAAAGAGUUCAGGUUCAAGUAGUGCAGGGUCAAAGAGUUCAGGUUCAAGUAGUGCAGGGUCAAAGAGUUCAGGUUCAAGUAGUGCAGGGUCAAAGAGUUCAGGUUCAAGUAGUUCAGGGUCAAAGAGUUCAGGUUCAAGUAGUGCAGGGUCAAAGAGUUCAGGUUCAAGUAGUUCAGGGUCAAAGAGUUCAGGUUCAAGUAGUUCAGGGUCAAAGAGUUCAGGUUCAAGUAGUGCAGGGUCAAAGAGUUCAGGUUCAAGUAGUGCAGGGUCAAAGAGUUCAGGUUCAAGUAGUGCAGGGUCAAAGAGUUCAGGUUCAAGUAGUGCAGGGUCAAAGAGUUCAGGUUCAAGUAGUGCAGGGUCAAAGAGUUCAGGUUCAAGUAGUGCAGGGUCAAAGAGUUCAGGUUCAAGUAGUUCAGGGUCAAAGAGUUCAGGUUCAAGUAGUUCAGGGUCAAAGAGUUCAGGUUCAGAUUCAAGUUCUGGUAAAUCUGGUAGCAGUGGUACUAAAAAUGGAGAAGCGUGGACCUAUAAGAUAUAUUUCGACACUGAGGCAGACGAAGACUCGGGAGCAUAUUACGAUAUUGAGGAAUCUGAACUGAUUAACAAACUAAAGAAUCUUGUAGAUAGACGGGAACAAAUAACUAACGUCCUUAUGUACAAGCAAAAGCUGUCAUCGUGGCAAGUUACGCAAUUUCUGCUCUGUCAUCUAUUUAUAGUGUUUCAAAUGUAA